AUGAGAUUUGAUGGGGUACCAACACCUAUUUUUCUAUUGCUGUUUCUAGCUUCUCUUCUUGUUCUGAGCUAUUUUCUACAAUCGAUCUCGCGACGCAAUCUUCACUUCUCAUCCAAUCCUCCAUUCGUGUUUUUGUUGGUCAACAUCAUAAUCGUUGCGAUCAUUGUUGGAAACCAUAGGCCAUCUUCUGUGGAAGCUGACGACAUCAUAUCCUUCGUGUAUCAUUCGUAUGAACUGGAAGAAGACGGAGCAGGUUAUGACAAGUGUAGUGACCAUGUUGAUGACAACGAUGGUGGUGAAAGUGAAAGUGACGAUCAUUUUGAUUCAGAUGGUUACGACGAAGAUGAUGACGACAAUGGUAGUGAAGGCGAGAUUGGUUGGGGAGACAUGGAUGAAUAUGACUAUAAUUUGGAGAAACGAAUCGAAGACUUCAUUGAUAAGGUUAACAAGGGAUGGAGGGAAGAGAGGGUAAGGGAUGGUGUCUCCUACCCCUUACAGAUAACCUACCUGUGA